AUGUUCUCUGAAGGCCAUGGCCCGUCGGGGGCUGCCAGCGGCUCUCAAGAGCAGCAGGGUACAACUUCGGACAGCCCGCCAUCGUCUACGCUUCAUGUAUCGGCCGAGUCUCCGUCCCAACCUACUUUUCUGGAUCGCUUCGAAAUGCUUGCUACACGUGUGCCGGAUUAUUACAUCACACCGUUUUGCGGGGCCAGUGCGGGCGUCGCCUCGGGGAUCGUUACCUGUCCUCUUGAUGUGAUCAAGACCAAGUUGCAGGCUCAGGGUGGAUUCGCGCGACGACGUGGCGGCAAGGCGGUCGAGGCUAAGACACUGUACCGGGGAAUGCUGGGAACUGGACGAGUAAUAUGGCGGGAAGAUGGCAUUCGAGGCCUUUAUCAAGGAUUGGGUCCUAUGCUCCUGGGAUACCUGCCGACGUGGGCGGUCUAUUUAGCGGUCUACGAUCGAUCUCGGGAGUAUUUCUACGAAACAACAGAUAGUUGGUGGCUUUCACGAGGUUACGCCUCGAUAACGGCGGGCGCUUGCUCGACACUUGCGACAAAUCCGAUAUGGGUGAUUAAGACACGACUUAUGUCACAGAGCCUCCGGUCAAGCAGCGAAGGCUACCGGGCUCCGUGGCAAUACAAAAAUACAUGGGAUGCGGCCCGCAAAAUGUACAGAAGUGAAGGAAUUCGUUCGUUCUACUCCGGCCUGACUCCAGCGCUGCUGGGACUGGCGCAUGUGGCCAUUCAGUUCCCUCUCUACGAAUACUUGAAGAUGGCAUUUACGGGCUAUAGUAUUGGCGAACAUCCUGAUACUGGCAGCUCGCACUGGGUGGGCAUUACAUCCGCGACAUUCCUGAGUAAGGUUUGUGCCAGCACUGCGACAUACCCGCAUGAAGUGCUUCGGACACGACUCCAAACACAGCAGAGGACAUCACCGGCGGCCUCACCCGAAGAGAUUUCGUUCCGCGGCGGGAUGGAUCACCCCCAGGGUCAUAGCAGGCCCCCGGGUGCGGCUUCGUCGGACGGGAUGCCCAAUCGACCCCGGUACACGGGGAUUAUUCGCACAUGCCAGACCAUUCUGAGAGAAGAAGGCUGGCGCGCAUUCUACUCUGGAAUCGGCACGAACCUGUUCCGGGCAGUCCCGGCUGCGAUGACUACCAUGCUCACUUAUGAGUACUUGAAGAAAACCAUUGGACAUGUGCAACAUGAGGGGGAGUUGAAGCUGCAGAAGCUGGAGGCCACAUCAGACAGUGGAAUCUAA